AUGACAGACAACUUUUCCACCGGCCUGGUACAAGGGGAGUUCCUUCCCCACAAUGUUGCAGUGAUGUGGGAGUAUACAGGUUUGCGCAGUCUAUCUAUGCCUGACAAUAUUGGCAGCAGCCCUCCUCCCCGCAGUGCUGCAGUGAAGUGGGGAGGGAAGGAUCGUUUACAUCUGAGACGGACUACAGAACAGCACGUGCCAGAGAUUGAAGUCCAAGUCAAACGCAGAAGGACAGCCUCACUGAGCAACCAAGAGUGUCAGUUGUACCCAAGGCGAUCCCAGCAGCAGCAAGUACCAGUGUUGGAUUUCCAGGCAGAACUGAGACAGGCAUUCUUGACUGAGACCCCAAGAGGUGGUUAAAGCGGUAUUGGAACAUUGAGGAAUCUGAUUGCUACGGAAAACCAGGCUCCAUCUACUGUUUGAAGCUUCUGCCCAGCUUGCAUUGUUUAUAGGAGAAGCUGCAUUAUACCUUUAUCUGUAGCCUUCUCCUAGGUCUUAAGGAUCCAGAAACUUUCCUGAGGACAUUGGAUUUGGUGGAACAGCAGUCAUGACUGUGGGCAAGAGCAGUAAGAUGCUGCAACACAUUGACUAUAGAAUGAGAUGUAUUCUGCAAGAUGGCCGAAUCUUCAUUGGUACUUUUAAGGCUUUUGACAAGCAUAUGAACUUGAUCCUCUGUGAUUGUGAUGAGUUCAGGAAGAUCAAGCCAAAGAAUGCUAAGCAGCCAGAACGUGAAGAAAAGCGAGUUUUGGGUCUGGUGUUGCUGCGUGGGGAGAACUUGGUUUCCAUGACUGUAGAAGGGCCACCCCCCAAAGAUACUGGCAUUGCUCGAGUUCCACUUGCUGGAGCUGCAGGAGGUCCUGGAGUUGGCAGGGCAGCUGGCAGAGGGAUACCAGCUGGUGUCCCAAUUCCCCAAGCUCCUGCUGGAUUAGCAGGACCUGUUCGAGGAGUUGGAGGGCCAUCACAACAGGUAAUGACUCCCCAGGGAAGAGGCACUGUAGCAGCUGCUGCAGUUGCUGCUACUGCCAGCAUUGCUGGAGCCCCAACACAGUACCCACCAGGUCGGGGAACCCCAUCCCCACCUGUGGGCAGAGCAACUCCACCUCCAGGCAUUAUGGCUCCUCCACCUGGUAUGAGACCACCAAUGGGCCCACCAAUUGGCCUUCCUCCAACUCGAGGGACCCCAAUAGGCAUGCCCCCUCCAGGAAUGAGACCCCCUCCACCAGGAAUUAGAGGUCCACCUCCCCCAGGAAUGCGUCCACCAAGACCCUAGGAUAUGUUGAUCCUUCUUAAGUCACUUUUUUCCUGCAUUGCAUCCUGUAAUACUGUGUAGAGUGUUUGUGAGAAUUUUGUCUCCUUUUUGCUGCAUUAAUAUUAGCUAAAAAUAAAAUACAGCAAUUAAA